AUGUUAACUUUGGAGAACUUCAACUAAACAUCAUUCAAGUAACCAAUAAUCAACAGCCCACGGUCUAUUGAGGCUUGCCGUUUGUGUGGAAUUUUGCCAGAGGAGCUAAUUUAAAUUGGUAUAAAGGAACUCAAAAAGAGAAAUCCGGAGUUGAGAUUGAAUAAAUAAGGGUGGGAGAUUAUGUGGCAACAUCACGAAAUAAGAAGAUAAGAGAAACUAUAGGCAUGUCUCGAGGCAAGAUAGUAAUUGAUUGAUGCAGGAUUUAAUUUCAAUAAUCAGGAGGAGGAAGAAUAGGUCAUGGACAAUUCAGAUCAAUUAUAGGCAAGUCAAAAUUAGUAGGAAUUGGAGAAAAUACAAUUUAGACAAUAGAAGGAGAUUUAGCAAAUGCUUGAACAUGAAAGAAAGCAAUAAGAGAUUCGAGAGAGGAAUGAGUCGAAGCAAAGAUAGUUGUAAGAGAGACAAUUGAGAAGAGAGGAUUAAUUAAGAUAGAGCAGAGUGAAACAAGAGUAUGAUCGAGUUUAGAGGGAGAGGGAUAGAUAAAUUAAAUAAUAACGGGAAGAAUAAAAAUAAAAGAAAAAUGCUAAAUAACAAUAUAAGAAAGAAUUGCAUAGAGUCCAAUUAGAAUAAUUAAGAUAGAAGGAAUUGCAAUAAGAGUACAGAAGAAGAGAGGAGGAAAGAAAAUAGAGACAACAAGUAUUCAAAGAGUAAAUGAAAGAAAUACAAUUGAGACACGAAAUGGAAUUGUAGGUCAAGAGAUAAAUAAUGGAAAUGAAGGACAGAGAGAGGUUAGAGAAGUAGGAAUAAUCAAGAUAGGACAAAAUUCAGGCUUCUUAGUAAGCAUAACUAGAGUUGAGAUAUAAAUUGUAGGCUGCGAAAUAACUACAGAUGGAGAAACUAGAAAGAAUGAGAGAACAAUUUGAGGAUAAGGAAAGAAAAAUUGACGAGAGACGAUAAGAAUUUGAGAGGUUGAAAGAAUAGAAAUUAAUUGAGAAUUAUAUUAAUGCGUAAUAGCAUUAAGAAAAAAUGAAGUAGGUUAUUGAAAAGGUGUAAAAUUAAGAGGAAAAUAAAUAUUAUGAUUAUUAAUAGAAAUAGGAAUUUGUAAAUCAAAGAAAAAAGCAAUUAGAACUGGAAAAAUUGAAGGAGUUAUUGAUAAAGAAACAAUAAUAGGAGGAGAAGGAGUAGCAUAGAAUUGAUGCUAUUUAGAAUGCGGAAAAGUAUUAAUAAAUAAAGGCAAUGGAGUUGAAUAAUAAAUUAUUGGUAAAAGAGCAAAUGAUUCAAGAGAAGCAAAUGGAAAAGUAAUAAAUUUAAGAAUAAAUUAAACUAUAAGAAAUUCUAAAAAUGAAAGAUAAAAAAGAAGCCUUGGAAAGGUUAUAGAGAAAAUAGGAAUACGAAAAAGAAAUUUUAAGAUAAAAAAUAGAGGAGAAAAUGAGAAGAACUGACAAUUUACAAUUAUAGAAGAGUAGAGUCUUGGAGUAAAGGUUGUAGAUGAAGUAAAUAGCUAAUUUGUAAAAGGAAGAAUUAAAGCAUUAAUUUGAGUUGAUAAAAUAAGGGAAAAUUGAAAUUCUUUAAUCUUCAAAUGAAAAUGAAUCCCAAUAACAAGGUUCUCAUUAGAUUGAAGAUCAUCCAAUUUCAACUUAAAAAAAAGGAAGACCUUAAACUGCACUUCCAAAAAAGAAGGCGGAAAUUUAAAGACCAAAGUCUGCACUUCUGAAGAAGGUUCAAAAUGAAGAGAGAAAAUAAAUCAGAAUAAGUGAUGAUCCCUAGCAGCAGUAUCAAUUAGAGCUCUUGGAGUAACAAUAGUAAGAGGAGAUGAUUAAUCUGUUGGAGAAUGAGUAAGUGUUAGAGUAAGAAAGAGAAAAGCAGUUGUAUUAAAUUGAAAACAAACAAGAUCAACUCAGAUUAGAGAAAAUAUUUUAGAUUGAAAGAAACUAAGCAAAAAAACGAAUACUCGAAUUGCAAGAGGAACAUAAAAAGUAGAUUGAAGAAUUUAUGUCUAAUUGA